AUGAAACCAGACCAUGAAGGUGCCUUCUUUCCAAGUAAAAGUCACGAGUUGUUCCAAAAUGGUGGCUUCCACAAGGUUCCGAUGAUUAUUGGGUAUAAUUCAGAAGAAGCUGAUUUGCUGAAGCUGUUACUGAUAAAAUACGACUUUGAGCCAGCCAAUCUAGCACCAGACGACAUGAAUAAAAGAAUCAGAGACACCAAACUAGUUCAGUUCAUCAGUGUUGAUCAGUUUGUUCGACCAAUCACGGAAACCGUCCGUCUUCAAUCAGCAUUCACCCCAGUUUACUUCUACGUUUUCUCCUACCAAGGCGUCUUGGGUACCACUUCAAACAGAACCAUGCCCGGUGUUGGACACGCUGAGGAACUACGAUAUCUGUUCAAAGGCAACGAAACCAACAUUAAUGCAUCAGACCAAAGAACUAUUCAGAGGAUGACCACUAUGUGGACGAAUUUUGCUAAAUUUGGGACGCCAACUCCAAAAAAGGACUCACUGUUUGAUAAUGUGAUUUGGGAACCUGCAAGAGCGUCAAACGCUUCAUCAGAUCUCAAGUACUUGAACAUUGGAGUUAGCUUAGCACUUGGAGUUAAUCCAAAUGAAAAAGAUGUACGUUUCUACCAAGGUUUAUAUAACAAAUUCGGAAAUCCUCCUUAUACUACAUACUAG